AUGCGGUCCAACGUCACAUCAGAGGCCAGCAUAGGCACGCAUAUCCACCAGUGGUGGCUGGCCGUGCCAUUGAUAACAGCCUCUGUCUUCGCUGUCUGUGUGGCUGUGUUCGUGGUCGACCUGCUGACUGGCUAUGACAGCUUCAGGGAGGUCUGCUUCUCGCCCUCCCUCGCCCUUCUGCAUUGGCAAGUCUACCGCGCCCUCUCCUCCAUAUUCUUCCACAAAGGACUCCUGCACAUCGCACUCAACCUCUCCACACUCCUUCCUCUCGCUUCCCCUCUCGAGCGCCACCUGGGCUCACUGCGCCUGCUGCACGCGCUGCUGCUGCUCGCCCUUCUUAAUGCCGCCGUUCACAGUGCCUUGGCGUUUAUGCCUGGACUGCUGUUAGGGUGGUGGGGCUGGUGGGCUGGCGAGUGCUGCAUUGGGUUCUCAGGAGUGCUCUUUGCGCUGAUCGUCAUGGACUUGCAUAUCGGAGGGGGAAGUCAAAGGAGCAUCUUUGGUUUCUUCUCUGUGCCAACCGCAUGGUACCCUUGGGUCCUCCUUGUGCUGUUCCAACUGCUCCUCCCCUCCGCCUCUCUGCUUGGUCACCUUAGCGGCGUGCUCUCAGGGCUAGCAUAUGUUCGUGGCGCCUUCGCUUUUGUCACACCUUCUUCAGCCACAUUCAGUUCUCUGGAGUCAUCGCGAGCCCUGGCUCCUAUUGUGCACCGGCCAGGGUUCAUCGCUGGAGGACAUCCAAUCACUACUGGUGCCCUAACCAGCCUUGGGGAUCUUUCCUCCUUGAGGCCAGCGAGCAUCAGCCAAUCGCUGCACGCCACGUGGCGAUCCAUCCAAGCAUCCGUAGCUCGUGUGCAAGAGCGGUGGCGAUCGGUGGCCGCAGCAGUGCAGCAGCAGCAGGAGCAGCAAAGACUAAUCCAACAACAGCAGCAGCAGCAACAGCAGCAGCAGCAGCAGCAGGGGAGAUACAGUCAGCGCCAGGGGCCUCUAUCGAAUGUGCACUCAAUUUCAGCAAUGGCUGCUGCUAAUAACGCACAGCAUUCGUUACAGUCACAGUCACAUGGGUGGGGACAGGUUGCGGGCCAAGGGAGCACGCCGCAACAACCAGCAGGCCCUGCGACUGAUCCUAGGUUCCCUGGACGGGGUCGAACCCUAGCAGGCUCGGCAGCAGCAGGGGGGCCACCUUUAGCUGCUGCAGGAGCAAGAGAAGGGGAGGGAUUCGUUGGGGUGGCGGUAAUUGCAUCUGAAGAUGCUCCCAACUACCCGCUGCCCAAUGCUGCUGCUGCUGCUUCUGCUGCUGCUGCCGCUGCUGCUUUGGGAAGAGCAACAGUCCUCUCUAGCGGCUGGGCAUAUUCCCCAAGCCAGAUCAACCAUCCCCAGCACAAUGAGCACUUGCAUGGUGUAGCCGAUGGUGCUGGCAGCGGCAAUGAUGGUGCUAUUAGAGCGCCAUCUGUGCGACAGUUGUGCGAUAUGGGCUUUAACCAG